AUCUCACUAUCGAUUUUACGGGCAAGACGAUUGUUGAGUAUAUCACUGAUGUAUCUCAUCUCGAGUGAACUAUCCGACCCUCGAGCUACGUAUGGAAAUCCUCUCGACCGACAAGAUCGCACUUCAGGAUCUUCUGUGUACAUUUGAUUCUUUCUCUCUGCUCCUGCGCUGAGGAGCUAAGCAACACGAAAUCGCGAAAAAUCUUGAUCUUGUUUCCUACAAAAGGAACAUAUACAUGAAUCUAUCUGAUUUUACUCGCUGAAGGUCGCUACGUGCCGUGAUCUGGCCGUGUCGAUCCCUGUCGAUCGACCCAGAAGGCGAGCUGCCAGACCCCCUCCUGAGACUACGAUCAUGCGCUUAGCUGCAAUGUUUCAUCACAUCACGGGAGUGGCUAAUUAACGGCACCAUGCGGAACUGCUCUAUAUGCCUGGUUCUAGCCUCCGGUGAACACCGCAGGUUCAUGGUCUCCUCGUUCAUCCACCGUCGCUUCAUUCCGACCGAAAAGCUCUGACGUCUGUGGCUAUCCUUGCGAGGGACUGACCGCUCGGGGAGCUUCCAAAGUGAAAUAAGGCAAACACAGGGCCGGAUCUUCUCCGGUUAUCUUCGAGCAGACCCUCUGCUGAUGGGCCCUCAGCCUACGUCACUGCCUGUGUGGUCGAUUUCUCGAGGUCUCACUUCUUCUGGCUAGAACCUUGACGCUUCGACUAGCGCUUAUUCCAGGCUCCUCCGGUCUGCUAAUAGCCUUUCGUCAUCCUCGAGAAGCUCGAGUUCUUCCUGCUUCCUCGAGGAUUCGAAGUUGUUUCACUUUCCGGAUCUCUCUAUUAUUCCAUUGUGGACCCCAUCGGCGCUUGACAUAAUAGCAUUCUCCAGACUCAAAUAGGCGUCCAGCUCGUAUCUUUACCCUCCUACUUUGAGCGUUAUCUGUGUCACUCACCCACUGUCCAUCCUUUCUCCAUACCACUCAUUUCUGAAAGCGACGUAGACAAUGCCCAAAAUUGCCUACGAUACCGUGCUCUUUCGAGUCAACCCUCAACCUGCUCGCCCGCAGCCUCGCCGUGUUGCACCACGUGCGCCUUCGGUAUCCGUUGAAUCAUUCGCGGAAAAGGAAACCAUACCCGAGCCCGAGCACUUCAACGAGAAGGCUUCGCCCUCAAGCCCUUCGGAUCGUCUGCUCGCCGAGACGAAGGAGGCCCUCGAGCUGCGGGAGCUUGAACUUGCAGCCCUCCAACGCAGAGCACUCCAGUUCGAGAUGGAUGCUGCAUUCUACAAACGGGAAGUCCAGAAGGCACGGUUCCACCCGUUCAAGGUCAACAUGCAGAUGGGCACGCCCGCAGAGGCUAUGCUGACGCCCGAUGUCGCCAUGUCGGUGCACCCCACCAAUCUGAUAUUCCGUCAGCCACAGGCACUAGGCUGGCCGCCGCAGAACUGAUCUCCGAUGUCGCAGGUUUUCAACACGGACUAGGGACUUUUCGUCGACCGUACAUUAUUCACUCUCUGUUUUUCUCCUCUUGUUUAUUUCACUGGCACAGCUUAUUGUUUGACUGGCAGCUCUCAGACCGAACUAGCUUCUCAUCGCAUCACACAAUCAUCCAUUCCCGAUUCCAUUCCACUGCUGCUAUCUCGUAUGAUUUUCUUAAAUCCCUGCUUUGAUCUGCUCUGGCUCUUAUUUAGUUACCGAGGAGCUUGACAAUUUUUUUCUGGUAGAUACUGCGAACCGACAUAUUCAUUCCGUAACUGUAUUUUUAUACGAUGGCCACCUUCGAGCUCUGAUGAUGAUCUAUACUCCCCUCGCGCUGCAUUAUAAUAUAUACACGUUUUCC